AAUAGCACACAUUCACGCUGUACUUUUUGCCUGUAGCUGCCUCCACGAGCGCCCUCCCCCAACGCCAAACCAAAACACGAGAACAUGUGCAAACCCCUCUGUCACGUGUAAGAAGAUGCCCUGACAAAACACAGCGGAUCAAAUCUUCUAUGAUCGACACCUUAACCGCCAAUCAGCGACGGAAUUCAGGGUAGCAACAAGAUAAAUAAAAACAAGCCGUCCAAUCAUCGCAGACGAGGAGGCGGUCCACAUUCCACUCCACGGGCUGUUUACUUCCGUCAAUAUUCUCUGAGCAAAGCUGAAUUUUAUUGUAACAAAGGACUCGCUGCUGGUAAGGUGGAAAAUGCCGUUCUUGGGGCAAGACUGGAGGUCACCCGGCUGGAGCUGGAUAAAGACCGAGGACGGCUGGAAACGAUUCGAGUUUUUCGGCCACGAGCUGGGAGAUGACAACAACAACGAGCUGGACCUGGAGGAGCUGUGUGAUGACAACAAAGAGAAUGUGUACGUUGGAAACGUCUGUGAAGUCGCCGCCAAGAAAAGGAAGAAGGACUUAGUCAACAACAACACAAAGACACGGUUUUAUUACCAGGAGAGGUGGAUUUAUGUGCAGAAGGAGAGCACACGAGAGAGACACGGCUACUGCACGCUGGGAGAGGCCUUCAACCGCCUGGACUUCUCCAGUGCCAUCCAGGACGUGCGGCGGUUUAACUACGUGGUGAAGCUUUUACAACUUAUAGCUCGCUCCCAGCUGACCUCAUUGAGUGGUGCAGCCCAGAAGAAUUACUUCAACGUUUUGGAGAAGAUCAUCAAAAAAGUGUUAGACGACCAACAGAACCCGCGGCUGAUCAAGGACCUGCUCCAGGACCUGAGUUCCACGCUCUGCACUCUCAUCCGGGAGGUGGGCAAGUCGGUACUGGUGGGCAACAUCAACAUCUGGGUGUGUCGCCUAGAGACCAUACUGUUAUGGCAGCAGCAGCUCAACAACCUACAGAUCCCAAAGCAACUGACCAGCGGGAUGACGCUGAGCGAUCUUCCGCUACACAUGCAGAACAACAUCCUCUACAAGUUCUCCGAUGCCUCUGACAUCAUCAACCUGGGACAGGCCACGCCCACCUUGCACGCGCUCAGCGAGGACCGGCAUCUGUGGAAGAAGCUGUGCCAGUUCCACUUUGCAGAGAAACAGUUUUGCAGACACCUGGUACUGUCGGAGAAGGGCCUGGUGGACUGGAAGCUCAUGUACUUCACGCUGCAGAAGUAUUACCCCAAGAAGGAGCAGUACGGAGACACGCUGCACUUCUGCAAACACUGCAGCAUCCUCUUCUGGAAGGACUCUGGACAUCCCUGCACAGCCAUCGACCCCGACAACUGCCUCAUGCCGGUGUCACCCCAGCACUUCAUAGACCUCUUCAAGUGCUAGAGGACUCCAGAAUGGAAUGCGUUCCAAAAACAACAACAAAAACUACAAAAAAAUGAUGAUAAUAAUAAUAAACUGCCUCGGACUGUUCUGA